GAAACACUUCUCUUCAGAGUUCAGACCUCUCUCUCUCUCUCUCUCUCUCUCUCUCUCUGUGUUCGCGAAGACGAUGCAGGCGUGGAGGCGCUCCGGGCGGCUUCUCGAUCAAUCUCCGGCCAUUGCUGCUCUGAAACCCCAAUGGCCGAUCUUCUCCUCUGGCGUCGGGUGUGAGUUUGAGCAGUGUCGCUAUGGUUCUACACUCUCGGUUAAGGGAGCUGGGAAUCUUGUGCGCAAGGGCACUGGAGGGAGGUCUUCUGUGAGUGGAAUUGUUGCAACUGUGUUUGGAGCUACGGGAUUUCUUGGACGCUAUGUUGUGCAGCAGCUAGCCAAAAUGGGAUCGCAAGUCUUAGUUCCUUUCCGAGGCUCUGAGGACUCACACCGACAUCUCAAACUGAUGGGUGAUUUGGGCCAGAUAGUACCUAUGAAGUAUAACCCAAGAGACGAGAACUCAAUUAAAGCUGUAAUGGCGAAGGCAAAUGUUGUUGUAAACCUCAUUGGGAGGGAGUACGAAACAAGAAACUUUAGCUUUGAAGAAGUGAACCAUCAUAUUGCAGAGCAUCUUGCAGUGAUUGCUAAAGAACAUGGUGGCAUUGCAAGAUUUAUACAAGUAUCUUGCUUAGGUGCAUCUACGUCAUCUUCUUCAAGAAUGCUGAGAGCAAAAGCUGCAGCAGAGGAAGCUGUAUUAAGAGAGUUUCCUGAGGCCACAAUAAUGAAGCCUGCAACUAUGAUUGGUACUGAAGAUCGUAUUUUAAACACAUGGGCUCACUUUGUCAAGAAAUGGAGCUUUCUUCCACUUGUUGGGGAUGGAUCUACAAAGAUUCAACCUGUUCAUGUUGUAGAUGUGGCAGCUGCUAUUAUGGCUUCCUUGAAGGAUGAUGGUACAAGCAUGGGGAGAACUUAUGAACUUGGGGGGCCAGAAAUUUUUACAGUACAUCAACUGGCGGAGUUGAUGUAUGAUACGAUACGCGAGUGGCCACGAUAUGUGAAUGUUCCUGUUCCAAUUGCAAAGGCAUUUGCAACUCCUCGGGAAUUCUUACUAAAAAAAGUUCCUUUCCCUUUACCAAAUCCAAACAUCUUCAAUCUUGAUCAGAUCGAAUCACUAACUGUGGACACGGUGGUUUCUGAAAAGGCUUUAACCUUUAAUGACCUGGGCAUCAUUCCGCAUAAACUAAAAGGCUACCCUGUGGAAUAUCUCAUCUCAUACCGCAAGGGUGGGCCAGCAUUCGGCUCCACUGUCAGCGAAAAGUUGAGAAGUUCAGAACUCUAGUCUUUGCAAAAUAACACUUGAUUGAGAUCAUUAAUUUCGCUUGCAGUGUAAGUUUAUAUUUCUGGUAAUGGGCUGCCAUCAUCGUACCUCCGGUUGGCCAGACAACCCUUAUCAUGCAAAGAUGCAUAGACAGUGCAUUUGUUUUUAUUGUUUUCACAUAAUAAAUGGUGAGAUUUCUUGUUCCCCUCCAACCCAUGUUUUACUUGGAAUUAUAUAUAAUUCUUCCCUGAUUGAAGGAAUGUAAUGAUGCAAAACCAACUUUUUAAGGCAUAUCUUCCUGCAUUCCUUUGUGGAAGUUGAGCUUUCAUCAUCUAUCAAAUUUUCUUUUGUUGACUUAUUUUUAUUGCCCUUUGCGUGAUCAUUUAUGUGUAAUGACAGCGAAGAACUUUAGUUGUGUACUCUGCUACAAAUUAUGCUUGUUGCAACUUAAUAAUUUCUGAUCUCUCUAUGUAUUUGUUGA